GUCUGGAAGGCCGCGGGGUAAUUGGGGAGCCCCUGCUAUGGCCGGCGUCUUCGACAUCGACCUGGAAACGGAGGAGGGGAGCGACAGGGAGGAGCCAGAACUGGGGGACGUGGAGGCGGAUUCGGAUCUGCGCGGCAGCAUCCCGGAGUGAGUACUGGGUCGCCCCGCUCGCCCCGAGGGCACUGCUUUGCUUUCUUGACACACACACACGCACACCCGCAACCAGGCACUCCUAUCCCUUGGAGGGUGGGGUGCCUUUUGCCCCCCUCCCCAAGCUUGUUCCUCGCAGGUUUGCCCCGACUUGGAAAGAAGCAGGCAGGCAAGACUGGCCGUAGUGGAUCCCUUCCAAAGCUGCGGCAAAACCAACGAAGAGUUUUGCGGCACUUCUUAAAAUGCUGGUGCCAGGACACUAUGAGGAAAUUGAAAUAUCUGAAUGCAUUGUCAACAAUGGCCCAGAACGUAUUGGGCCCCAUUGCUUUGAACUGCUGCGUGUUUUGGGAAAGGGUGGCUAUGGCAAGGUGUUCCAGGUACGAAAGGUUCAAGGCACAAAUGCUGGGAAAAUUUUUGCCAUGAAAGUCUUGAAGAAGGCGAAGAUUGCCUGUAAUGCCAAAGACACAGCCCACACAAAGGCUGAGAGAAAUAUCCUAGAGGCCAUCAAGCACCCCUUUAUUGUGGACCUUAUCUAUGCCUUCCAGACAGGUGGCAAGCUCUACCUCAUCUUGGAAUGCCUCAGUGGUGGGGAGCUCUUCAUGCAGCUGGAGCGAGAAGGCAUCUUCCUGGAGGACACAGCCUGUUUCUAUCUAAGCGAGAUCAUCUUGGCUCUGGGCCACCUCCAUUCCAGUGGCAUCAUCUACCGGGAUCUGAAGCCUGAGAACAUAAUGUUGAACAGCCAGGGCCACAUUAAACUGACAGACUUUGGGCUCUGCAAAGAGUCUAUCCAUGAUGGUGCUGUCACUCACACCUUCUGUGGCACCAUAGAGUACAUGGCCCCAGAGAUACUGAUGCGCAGUGGCCACAACCGUGCCGUAGACUGGUGGAGCCUCGGUGCCCUGAUGUACGACAUGCUCACUGGAUCGCCUCCUUUUACGGCCGAAAAUCGCAAGAAAACAAUUGACAAAAUUCUCAAGGGGAAGUUGGUGCUUCCACCCUACUUGACUCCAGAUGCCCGUGAUCUAAUCAAGAAGUUCCUCAAGAGGAGUCCCAAUCAGAGGAUUGGAGGUGGGCCAGGCGAUGCUGCAGAUGUACAGAGACACCCAUUCUUCCGACAUGUUAACUGGAAUGACUUGCUGUCCAGAAAGGUUGACCCACCCUUCCGACCAUCUCUGCAGUCAGAAGAUGAUGUCAGCCAGUUUGACACCCGCUUCACCCGCCAGACACCUGUGGAUAGUCCCGAUGACGGCUGUCUCAGUGAGAGUGCCAAUCAGGCUUUCCUGGGCUUCACCUACGUAGCACCUUCUGUGUUGGAGAGCAUCAAGGAAGGCUUUUCCUUCCAGCCCAAGCUGCGAUCUCCACGGCGUCUCAACAGCAGCCCCCGCACACCUGUCAGCCCAGUGAAGUUCUCACCAUUUGAGGCCUUCAAACCAAGCACAACGGUGGAACUGAUGGAGCUGUCGGCGCCCCCAGUCAUGCCUGUGCCAGAAGUCACCGCCCCGCUGCCCAUCAAAACACCGUCAGGCAUCAAGAAGCAGAAAGGAGGCCGAGGGCGGGCACGGUAGCUGGGACAGCAAAGAGCUCACUGGACUGUCUGCCUUGCAGAAUGGGCAUAGCUCUGCUUGCUGGGCAGGGCAUGCAGCGGGGGAUAGAGCUGGACCACAGGGACUGCGCCCUCUUGGGGAGCACUGUCGUCUCCCCUGCUGCAAGGGACUACUUCCAUUGCCAGCUGCAAGGCUUGUGUGGUGUGGGUGCUUUCCUGGUGGAGGGAGCAAUCCCCACAUGAGGUGCUUUCAGUUCAGUAUAUAAUGAAUCAUGUUGGGUAUUCCAGGAGCUUGGGAUACGCAAAGGACCAGUCAGAAGAUGCUUGCCCAUGGCUGGAUUUGUUGCCACCCUUCCAGAUGUAGAGGGGUGUGUGUGUGUGGGUGUGUGUAGAGAGAGGGGGCUUUUCUAUGGAGACCACAGUGAGGGCACAGGAGCUAGCUGCUCUCACUGCUCUUCUAGCUGUAACAGUUAAAGGUUUGGACCUUACAAAGUCAGGGAGGUGAUACACUAGGACUAGGUGGAAAGGAUCAAGCUAUUCCUUCUGGGUGCGUUAGGCCCUCUCCUUGGAAACGUCAUCAUCUCUCUCCUUUUCCCUGUGUGCACCAAGUGCCCCAAAAGUACUGCUGCUCCUUUGACUCUCCCCAAAUGGGUGUUGCAAGCAAGAUCCUCUUUCAGGGCUGCUAGCUACCCAGCCUUGCCCCUCUAUAUUCUUGCCUGUGGACGAAUCCCAGCCGUUGCCAAGAGAAUCAUGUCGAUUGGGUACAUGCCCAGAAAACGGGCUCCUUGCUGUGAGGAUUAAUAGGCCGUUUGUGAGAACUAUGCAAUGUACGUGAGGCACUUUAAACAUUCGGGAAAUGCUCUAUACAUGCUAAAUAGCAAUAUCAUUGUGAGAGAGCCAGCUAUACACAAUCAUGUGCAUCGGCCAGCCGCGUCCAAAGGAGGAGGUUGUUGAGGUGUAGCCAUCUUCCCUCUGCUUUGUCACAGGGAAGGUACUUUUUAUUUUAAAAACAAACACAAAAAGAGGCUACCAGACAGGCAAGAGCAAGCGAAGGCUGUGGUACAAAAAGGAACUGGGCAAAGCAUGGCAAAAGGAGUUCAUAGGAUGAGGUGAGACUUAAUCUGUGGAGGUUGUCAGAGAUGGGGCCAUUGCCCUGCCCUAUUUCAGUCCAUAGUUGCCCUUGUGGGGAGUCCUACUUGUACCCUCCUCUCUGCCACCUCUAGAGGGCAGUGACAUGCAAUUUGCCAGUGUCCUCCCAAGCUGCUGUCCCAGAGAAGGAAUGCAGAUCACUGAGCAAGGCCUCUGCACUGCCCUCUGUGGCUCUCGAUCCCCCAUCCUCCUCUGAGGGCUCUGGUAGCUCUAUGUUUUCUGACGACUCGGGAUCAGCCUUCUUGCUAAGCAUGAUCUGCCCUUCUCCUUCCUCUUGCUUGUUGUCUUCUUUCUGGAGCUGCUGCUGCUGCUCCUCCUCCUCAUCUGUAUCAUCCUGUUGCUGCUCCCCAAGCUCUUCAUCUCUCUCUUCCUGGUAGACUUGGGACAACUCCUCUGUGGCUGCCUCCCCUCUGAAUUCCUGCCACCGGAGGUACAGGCUUCUCAUCAGGGUCCGGGGAUGGUAUCUUCCUUCUGACUCGUAGCUCAGCCGACGCCAUGCUAGGAACAGCAACAGGAGAAGGAGCAGCAGCAGGCAUACUAGGAGACUCACAGUGACAGAGUCACUGCUGCUGCCACCACUUCCGCUUGAAGCCAGGGCAUGCCCUUGAAACAGCGGGAGCAGCACACACAGAACACAAGGGAGCUUGAAUCCCUGUAAAAAGGAGAAAAUUGGAAUGAGUUGCUGUCCCUGGUAUAGUAUGACAAGCAGUCCUAGCUGUGCUUGCCCUCUGUGGCACUGUUAACGUGACCUUUACCGGUGUGGAUUCUGGAAUUCUGCCUUGGAAACUCCCAGCCACCCAGUGUGGAUUGGACUCUUGACAGUGUCUGCUGUGGGGAUCUGGGCAGAAUGGAAAUAUUAGGGCAUUGUGACUGCUGUAAGCCCCUCUUGUUUUUAAAUCACCAGAAAUUGCCUGCAUAUUCUUAAGCUCUUUGCUGUGGGUGGGGUUGCUUGAUUGUGAAAGGAGUUCCCUCCUUAAGGAGGAACAUCCAGGCUUCUGUUGGGUGCUGUGAUGGACUUGAUAUAUUGGAGGCUUUGCAGCAUCGCUGUGGGCUUGUAGACCACUAGGCGUUGCUAUCACUACUAGACUACUUGCUAUCAUUUUAGAGAGAUAACGAGAGAGACUGAUUGUGUCCUGGCACAAGCUCCAUCUUUGUCAUGUCCCACACUAGAAAUCCAGCCACAUGAUACUCAGGACUGCACAUAUUUUAUGCUAACACAAAUUCUGUGACUAUAAAUUAUGCAAACUAAAAGUUUACAUGCAUAUUUUCCUCUUAUUUUUGUGGUUUUCUUCUUUGUUUACUGUUUUUGCACAAUUGAUUCAUGUCCUCCCCAUGAUGUAAGGGGAAGGGCAAGAAACUAUGUUAGGCACUGGAGUCCCAUCUCUGACCACAGGAAGUCCUGUUCAACUACUCCUCAGGCAUCUAACAAUUCAGCAGGCAUUGCUCACCCACUUUCUAGGAUUGUUUCAUAAUAGCUCUGACCUUAGCUUCCCCAAGCAAGGCUCUCUGUGGAAUGCUUCUACCUUUGCUGGUAUCAGCCAGUCUUCAGCAGUGACAGAUUGGUAGAGCCUGUGGAAUACCCAUCACUGUCUUCUUACAGCUUAACUUCUGUACCAGGUAAAUUGAUGGAAAGUAUCGUUGAGGACAACAUUGUCAAACAUAUAUAAGAACAGGCCUUGCUGAAGGUGAGCCAGCAUGGCUUCUGCAAGGACAAGUCUUGCCUCACUAACCUUUUGGAUUUCUUUGAGAGUGUCAACAGGCAUGUGAAUAAAGAUAGUAUACUUGGA